CGUGUAAGCGCUUAUUGAGGUACAGUUCACUGAUGCAACUGCCCAACCACAUGAUAUAAAGGCUUGAACUUUUACAUAUGCGAUUUAAAGAUGGUAAAAGAACAGUUUAGGGAGGCGGACGUGGCCAAAAAAAUCAGCCAUGUGACGUUUGGGAUGAUGACUGCUGACCAGAUGGCCCAGUAUGCUCAUCUCCAGGUGGUCAGCAAGAACCUGUACUCUCAGGAUGGACAGAGGAAACCCAUACUCUAUGGUGUCCUUGAUCAUAGAAUGGGUACAAGUGAGAAGAGCAAUGAUUGUGAGACGUGUGGGAAGGCCCUUGCCGACUGUAUUGGCCACUAUGGCUAUGUGGACCUCGAACUACCCUGCUUCCACAUUGGCUUCUUCAGGACGACCAUCACUGUCCUCCAGAUGAUCUGCAAGACAUGCAGUAGGAUUCUUCUCUCUCCUGAUGUGAGAAAGGGAUUCCUGGAAAGCUUCAAGCGUCACAUGACCUACCUCCAGCGGAAGGCAGCCAAGAAGAAAGUAUGGGAGAAGUGCAAGAAAACCUCUGUUUGCUCAUAUUGCGGAGCAACCAAUGGUAUGGUGAAGAAGUGUGGGUUGCUGAAGAUCACCCAUGAUCGAUUUAAGAAAACAGGAAAGGGAGAGAAUGCUGCCCUCAAGGAGUAUGUGGCUUCCUUUGAUGUGGCCGUGACAAAUAACAAAGAAUUGGAAAGCCUUCUUGAGAAAAGUCAGACGAUACUAAAUCCAUUGAUAGUGAAGAGGAUAUUUGAGAGAGUCAACAGCGAUGAUGUUCCACUGCUGUUAAUGAAUUCAGAAGCGUCUCACCCAAAAGAUCUGAUCCUUACAAGGAUUCUGGCCCCACCACUGUGUAUUCGGCCCUCUGUUGUCUCAGACCUGAAGUCAGGAACUAACGAGGAUGAUGUGACAAUGAAGCUGACAGAGAUCAUCUUCCUCAAUGAUGUCAUCCAGAAACACAAGGCCACCGGUGCCAAGAUGCAGAUGAUCAUGGAGGACUGGGAUUUUCUGCAGCUGCAGGUGGCUCUACUCUACAACAGCGAGACAUCUGGCAUCCCUCUACAUAUGCAGCCAAAGAAGUACACUCGAGGGUUUGUGCAGCGGUUGAAGGGCAAGCAGGGUCGUUUCCGUGGCAACCUGUCUGGAAAGCGUGUGGAUUUUUCGGGUCGAACUGUCAUCUCUCCAGACCCAAAUAUGGGCAUUGACCAGGUAGCUGUGCCAAUCCAUGUGGCCAAAGUGAUGACAUACCCGGAGAAAGUGAACGAGGCAAAUAUUGGGCUGAUGAGGAAACUGAUCAUCAAUGGCUGUGAUGAACAUCCCGGGGCAAACUUCAUCCAGCAGAGACACACAAACAUUAAACGGUUUUUGCGUUACGGAAAUCGUGAAAAGAUUGCGAAGGAGUUGAAGCCAGGUGACACAGUGGAGAGACACAUGAUAGAUGGAGACAUUGUGCUAUUCAACAGGCAACCAUCACUGCACAAACUCAGCAUACAGGCAUUCUAUGCCAAGAUCAAACCCCAUCGAACAUUCCGUUUCAACGAGUGUUGUUGUGGUCCGUUCAAUGCUGAUUUUGAUGGAGAUGAGAUGAACCUCCACCUUCCCCAGACCGAGGAGGCCAAGGCAGAGGCUAUCAUACUUAUGGGGUCCAAGUCCAACAUGAUCACUCCAAGAAAUGGAGAGCCUUUGAUUGCUGCCAUCCAGGACUUCAUUACGGGAGGGUACCUGAUCACCCAGAAGAAUGUUUUUUUUGACCGGGCCAGGACCUGCCAGCUUAUAACCUCAAUGUUGACCUCCACUGAUGAGAAGGUCAAGGUGGACCUUCCCCCACCAUGCAUUUGGAAGCCUAUACGUCUGUGGUCUGGGAAGCAGAUAUUCAGCGUGUUGAUGCGGCCCAACAAGCAGGACCCGGUGAAGGCAAACCUGCGAACCAGGGGCAAGAGUUACACCUCUAACGAGGACCUCUGUUUUAAUGAUUCAUUUGUGGUGAUCAGGAACAGUGAGUUGCUGUGUGGCUCCAUGGACAAGGGUACCCUGGGCUCCGGCUCCAAGAACAACAUCUUCUACGUCAUUUUGCGGGACUAUGGAGAGAUCUACACAGCCCGCUGCCUUGCUAGACUGGCCCGCCUCUGUCCCGCCUACCUCAGCAACCGGGGAUUUUCCAUUGGCAUUGGAGAUGUUACCCCUGGGGAGGGGCUGCUGAAGGCUAAGCAUCAACUGCUGGAUGAAGGGUACUCCAAGUGUGACACAUAUAUCCGUGCUUUGUCGGAAGGUCGGCUAACAACACAGCCAGGCUGCUCGGAGGAGGAGACACUGGAGGCCAUGAUUCUCCGUGAGCUCUCUGUGAUCCGAGACCAUGCGGGCAAGGCAUGUCUCCGUGAACUUCACUCAAGCAAUAGCCCACUUACCAUGGCAGUCUGUGGCUCUAAAGGUUCCUUCAUCAACAUUUCCCAGAUGAUAGCGUGUGUGGGCCAGCAGGCCAUCAGUGGCAAGCGGGUACCAAACGGGUUCGAGGACAGGGCCCUGCCACACUUUGAGAGGCACUCAAAGGACCCAUCAGCCCGUGGGUUUGUUCAGAACAGUUUCUACAGUGGACUGACACCCACAGAGUUUUUCUUUCACACAAUGGGAGGCAGAGAGGGGCUGGUGGACACAGCUGUCAAAACUGCAGAGACCGGAUAUAUGCAGCGCAGACUGGUUAAGAGUCUGGAGGACCUGUGUUCCCAGUAUGACCUGACAGUGCGCAGCUCCACCAGUGACAUUGUACAGUUUACAUAUGGUGCUGACAGCCUAGAUCCAGCAGCUAUGGAGGGCAAGGAUACACCUGUUGACUUUCAUAGGGUGUAUGACCAUGUCAGGGCAUGUACGUGUGUCGGGGUCCGGGAUGAGCGAAGUCUGAAAGGACAGGAGCUGCUGGCCAUCCUAGAAGAAGGCCUUGCAUCUGACAAGUACAACAAAUGCAGCGAAAGCUUUAAACAGGACAUCAGGGAGUUUGCUGAGAAGACAGCGGCCAAGAUCAGCAAGGUUCGCAGUAGGUAUGAGGUGGAUGCCGGUGGAGCCUCCAUACCAGUGCUGUAUGAGCUGGAUAGGGUAACUCAUACUCAAGUUGAGAGGUUCCUGGAAUGCUGUCAGGAAAAGUACAUGCGGGCACAAAUUGAACCAGGCACGGCAGUGGGAGCAGUGUGUGCCCAGAGUAUCGGGGAGCCUGGUACACAGAUGACACUGAAAACUUUCCAUUUUGCCGGAGUCGCUUCCAUGAACAUCACACAGGGAGUGCCACGUAUCAAGGAGAUAAUGAAUGCGUCAAAGAAUAUCAGUACGCCAAUCAUCACUGCCCAACUGGACAUUGAGGAUGAUGCAGAGUUUGCCAGGGUCGUCAAGGGACGCAUAGAGAAAACAACACUCGGGGAGGUGUCUGAGUAUCUGGAGGAGGUGUUUCUACCAGACGACUGCUUCAUCCUAGUCAAGCUUGACCUUGAAAGGAUACGUCUUCUUAAGCUGGAAGUCUGUGUUGCCUCCAUCAAGGACUCCAUUGUUUCUACAAAACUAAAAAUAAAACCACAGAAUGUGAAAAUGCACAGCACAGCAGUGUUAACUAUCCACCCGAAGGAGACAUCGAAGAGCUCUAUGUACUACAUCAUGCAGCAUUGGAAGAAAGAACUUCCUCAUGUCAUGAUCAAGGGAAUCCAAUCAGUAACAAGGGCUGUAAUCCACAUAGAUGAGAGCAAGGGGGACAAAUCAUACAAGCUUCUAGUAGAGGGAAACAACCUGCGCAGUGUCAUGGCAACACAAGGGGUAAAAGGCACACAUGCAAAUUCAAACAACACAAUUGAAGUUGAGAAGACCCUGGGUAUUGAGGCUGCACGGAAAACGAUCAUGAACGAGAUCAACUACACAAUGUCGAGCCACGGUAUGAGCAUUGACAUUCGACACGUCAUGCUGCUGGCUGACCUCAUGACGUACAAGGGUGAAGUGCUGGGAGUGACAAGAUUUGGCCUGGCCAAGAUGAAGGAGAGUGUCCUCAUGCUGGCUUCAUUUGAGAAGACUGCAGACCACCUGUUUGAAGCGGCUUACCACGGACAGAAGGACGUCAUCUCGGGUGUUAGUGAGUGUAUCAUCAUGGGCAUUCCGAUGACGGUGGGCACCGGGCUCUUCCAGCUUCUACACAAAGCAGACAAGAAGCCGCCGAUCCAGCGUCCUCUUCUGUUCGACAUACCUGACUUCCAUGUGCCGGGCAUAGUCAACUGACAUCCUGCUCAUACACUAUGAGGGGACAUAACCCUUUAUUUAUGACUAAUCAAUUUAUUGGUGCAAUCCACAAAGUGUCUUUUGAGAACUCAAAGUACCAAGGCACUGCCAAGGGACAGCCAACUGUCAAGAUGGGGUGAAGACCAGUGCACAAGCUUUAUUAUUGACAUGACGUGUGAUUGGGUAUUUAUUAGUGUUUUGUUGUAUGAAUUUCCCAGGAAAAUUGUAUUACAAAUCAGACAAAGAUAUGUGUUUAUUGCAGUCCAGAUUUCUUAAGUUUCAAGAUACCUGAAGUUUGUUAGCUUUGAUUGUUUUGUUUUCCAGUCUGGGUAAUGAGUAUUUUGAUAACCUUUGUGUCAUUCUUUAGCUACAUAAGCUUAGUACAAUAAUUUACCUUGGCCAUAACUCCCAAUAACUGUUCAUGAGCAUGUACAUCAAGGCCCGUAACUGUAUUUGUUGAGUUAUGACCCUUGUUUGAAUGAAAAAAGAUGAAACAUUCAUGUCCGCUCCACGACACUCUUGUUUAAAUAAUUUGACAUUUUGGUAAUUUAAAAAUGAACUGAUGUUAAAGUCAUGUAGUCAUAGAUGGCAAACUAAUAAAUUGAAAAAAAAGUGUUUUUUAACUGUUGAUUAAUUCAAAGUAUGUUGGAACAGCUUUAUGUUUUAUUUCAUUUAAGUAAAUAGUCUCAAACCAACUAAAGCUUCUGAGUGUAUUGAAUCCUAGGAGCAUUGGUUACUACAAGUUACAGGUAUAUAUUGUACAUAUGUGAAACAAAAUCAUGUUGGGGAACGAUCUAUUCUGUGCAGAAAAAACCUUACCCAUUGAAUUACAAAGGAAAUACACCUAAAUGGUGGUAAAUGUGCUUGCAUGUUAACUGACAGGAAUAGAUUGACCGAACAUUAUACAUGAUGUAUUCUGCAAUGCAGUCAAUAAUUAAUUCUAGGAAAAUGUCUCAUACUUAUGUUGGUAUACUAAGGAAAAGUAUAGAAGUUGUGUCACGAUUGGAGUUUACUCAACUGUAUUCAAAUUUUGAUCAAACUUCACAGAAAUGUACAACAGCAUCCAUGCUAUCUCAAGGUCACACUUAGAGGUAAAUUGGCUAUCGUUCGGAUGAGGCCAAAUUAGGGGCAUUUGUCAUGUUCAUGUGGCAGCUCUUGAUUCU